GUUUACUGGUGUGUUGCUUUACACAUGUACGUAUUAUGUUUGUACUCUUGUUGACAGAAGUCUGUUCACCAUAUGGAUGCUGUCAUUGCUUCAUCUUUGUUUGCUGGACAGUUUAGAUGUCUUACAAAGAUGAAGUUUGCAUUUGAGGACAUUUGGUUGUGUCCUGUAAACACUGGUGCACACUGGAUUCUAGUGAUUAUCGACAUGUCAGCAAAAACUGUGGUGCUUAUUGACCCUCUUGGAAACGAAUGUUCAUAUGAGCGCAAGUUUCUGCGUAACUGGAGGAACUUUCUGAAGACAAUGGCACAUAACUCGCAGAGAGCUAAGUGGCAAAUAAAGACCAUGCAGCACAACAGACAGAGGGAUGGAAGUAGUUGUGGAGUUUUAGUACUGAAGUUUGCAGAACAUUUCCUUCUGACUGGUAGAAUUGAUGGAGUUGAAACCACAUCGCUUGCUGUGAGUGCUGCACGGAUGGACAUUGCCUGUUCACUCCUUAAAUGUCCAGGGAAUGCAGAAGAUUACUGUGUAAUUUGCACGAUGUUGCAAGGAGAUGCCAACAAGAGCAUGGUUGAAAUGGUGCAGUGUGACCAGUGUAGUCGGUUGGUAGCAGUGUCACUCAUCAUUAGAGGACGCGAUCAACACAGCGGCCAAUCACCAACCAGAGUUCUGGCCCUGGAGGCGGGACUUGGGCUUUAA